CUAAAAUGCCUCAACCCAGACGAGUGAUAUCUUGCCAAUCUUGCCGUCGAUUGAAAACGCGCUGCGAAGUGUCGCCAGGAGCGAAUGUAUGCAGCCGCUAUCGUUCAUUGAGGCUGCAAUGCAAACUCCCAUUCGAUUCAAACGAUAGAAUACAAACGUUACCAAAUCUAGAUCAAUCAUCGCACUUGGGCCGCCCAGAAUUGACGUGCAGUUGUGAUUGUAAUGAAAGGCUCACUGUACUUGAGGCUGCAAACCAAGAAAUGCAACAAAUGCUGAGAAUACUCCUUGGUCGGUCGUCGGGUACCUCUGCUAUGGUCUCAGAGGUGGGUGAAAUUGGAUCUAGCGUAGCACUUCACCCAAUGCACUCAGCGGACAAACCGACCGAUUUCGUCGAUACGACAACGCCGGACGCAAUCGCCCCAGUGCAGGUGAUUCGCAAGAUGAAUACGUGGAUCACGGGAGCUGUGCGUGAUCGUGAAAACUGUUUACAGUUAGAAGACUCCACGAAAGAACUUCUUGCGGAGGACGAUUUGAAGGGUCAACUGAUCAGAUCGUUCAAGAAGAACACACCGCGACUGGUAUUUAUUCACCGCGACCUUGAUGACGAAUCUUCCUCAGGCUACUCUUUCUUGACUGUGGCUUGUAUGCUUGCGGGGAUGCAAGGGAAUCCGUCAAAGCGCAAUCCCCAUCUGCACACAUCACUUUACUCAUUACUGAAAGCAAACCUCUCCAAGAACAUGCUUAUGUCGCCCCCCGGAAUUUCUUCAAUAUAUGCCAUGCUCGUCAUCUGCACUCUCAAUUUGAGCAUGGGUUAUUCUGAAGGUUACCUCGAAGCGUGGUCGAUUAGUGGAACACUCAUCCUAUUCCUGAUGCCCCACAUGGACAGUUUAUUCUCCACGUCAGGAGAUUUGAUGAACAAAGCAUACGAGAAGAAAAGCGUUUUAGCAUGGAACUAUGCGUGUCUCCAGCAUAUCAAGUUUUCGAUCGGGACAGGUAGGGUCUCUAGUGCUCGAUUAGAUCUUGCGGGACAAUUCAUCGAAUCUGUUGUACAGGAUUCUAGCUAUAGAAGACAGGACAAGGAUGUUGCCGCCGAACUGGCGCUGUUCCUGUUUCUCUACAACGGGGUGAUCGGCCAAACGAUCUCGGCCAGGGAACUCCGUGCGGGUCUCCAGACUUGGAGGAUAGCAAAUGAGAUCUCUGAAAAUCUCACUCUGAGAUUCGCUUUUUCCACGGCCAUGUUGAUAGUGGACCGCUGGGAGCUCGUCCAAUCACAGCAAAGGAACCCCAAUCUACCCCACACAGAUGUACAACUCGAGCGACAUAUAGAAUCGAACAUUCACCACAGCUACUCCAUCAUCAAAGAUAUGGGUGUUUUGAUGGAAUCAUUCGGCGCGUUGCAUAUAUAUGAUUUUCUCCUCGGAGCAUACGCGGCGGUGACACUUGUCGAACUUGUUGACCACCUCGAAGAUAUCGAGAAGACGUACUCACUGAUGGCAAAGGUGCAGAACAUUCGUAGAAUAACCUGCAGUAUGGAGCCCGUGUUUAGUUGGGCAACGGAUAUGAUGAGGAAGCGCAUGUUGGAUACGGCGCAGCAAGAUCUGCACUCUGGCGCCGAAAGGUCACAGAGCUUUGGCGUUUGGUGGCCGCCGUUCGAGGCACUGAACUCCACGCUUCUCUCUACAGAAGAGAGUCUUCCAGUGAAUAGGUGUUGA